GAUUCUGACCGUAGUGGGGCCAGACUUUGAUUUGCGGACACUCAGGGCAGUAAGAGUCUUGCGGCCACUCAAGCUGGUGUCUGGAAUUCCAAGUCUCCAAGUGGUUCUUAAGUCCAUCAUGAAAGCAAUGGUUCCUCUGCUUCAGAUCGGCCUUCUGCUCUUUUUUGCUAUACUCAUGUUUGCCAUCAUUGGCCUAGACUUCUACAUGGGCAAGUUUCACCGCUCCUGCUUCAAAAACGAUACUGGGGAACAGGCAGCUGACUUUCCAUGUGGAUCGGAACUUCCAGCUCGGGUGUGUGAAGGUGACACAGUUUGUAGGGAAUACUGGACUGGUCCAAACUUCGGCAUAACAAACUUUGACAACAUCCUGUUCGCUGUGCUCACCGUCUUCCAGUGCAUCACUAUGGAAGGAUGGGUGGACAUCCUUUACAAUGCCAAUGAUGCCUCAGGGAACACCUGGAACUGGCUCUACUUCAUCCCACUCAUCAUCAUCGGCUCUUUCUUCAUGCUCAACUUGGUUCUGGGGGUGCUGUCAGGGGAGUUUGCAAAGGAGCGAGAGCGUGUGGAGAAAAGGCAGGAGUUCCUGAAGCUUCGCAGACAACAGCAGAUCGAGAGGGAGCUGACUGGCUACCUGGAGUGGAUCUGCAAAGCAGAGGAAGUAAUGCUUGCUGAAGAAGAUAAAAAUGCAGAGGAGAAGGAGGAUGGUGCCUGGUACAAGAGGAAAUGCAACAACCCAGUAUUGAAGAGAGCCAAAAAGAGCAAAAAUGACCUCAUCAAUGCAGAGGAAGGAGAAGACCACUUCACUGACAUCCCAUCAGUCGCUCCCCAGGGCUCUCCAUUCACCCGUACAAGCGUGAAGAGCAGCAAGAACGAGAGCUCUUCAUACUUUCGCAGAAAAGAGAAGAGGUUUCGCUUCUUCAUCCGCCGUAUGGUGAAGGCCCAGAGCUUCUACUGGACUGUUCUGUGUAUAGUGGGACUGAACACACUAUGCGUGGCUAUAGUUCACUACGACCAGCCCGACUGGCUCACAUAUGCAUUGUAUUUGGCGGAGUUUGUGUUCCUUGGUCUGUUUCUAAUAGAGAUGAGUCUGAAGAUGUAUGGCCUUGGGCCCAGGACCUACUUUCACUCUUCAUUUAACUGCUUUGACUUUGGGGUGAUUGUAGGUAGCAUUUUCGAGGUGAUUUGGGCAGCAGUAAAACCAGGAGCCUCUUUUGGCAUUAGUGUGUUGCGAGCGCUGCGUUUGCUGAGGAUAUUCAAGGUUACCAAGUUUAAUUUUGAAGAUGAGACCCCGACGACCAACUUUGACACAUUCCCAGCUGCUAUCCUGACAGUGUUUCAGAUUCUGACAGGAGAGGACUGGAAUGCUGUGAUGUAUCAUGGAAUUGAAUCCCAGGGAGGAGUGCACCGGGGAAUGUUCUGCUCCGUGUACUUCAUUGUGCUCACACUGUUUGGAAACUACACUCUCCUCAAUGUCUUUUUGGCCAUCGCUGUUGAUAAUCUUGCCAAUGCACAGGAACUCACCAAGGAUGAGGAGGAGCAGGAGGAAGCCAUCAGUAAGAAACUGGCUCUGCAGAAAGCCAAGGAGGUAAAGGAGGUCAGCCCCAUGUCGGCCGCUAACAUUUCCAUCACAGCUUUUAUAAGGCCAAAUCCUGGUGCUCUUUCAUGCAGCUCCUCCAACUCCAGCUCUCAUUCACCGAGUUAUGUCUGCUCCCCUGCACAUCACUACUUGAGUAAAGAACAGCAGCGUUCUCUAAAGAUGAUGUCCGUGUGGGAGCAGCGCACCACGCAGAUUCGUAAGCACAUUCUGGCCAGCAGCGAGGCGUUGUACCAAGAGGAGCUCAACCCCCGGCUGACCUCCAACCUUCACCUCCGCCCUGACAUGAAAACCCACCUGGACCGGCCUCUGGUGGUGGAACCUCAUUGUGAUGGUCCCAUCAGUCCCCACAGAGGCUGGGACAAACCCCAGGACUUGCAAGGGGAGGGCGGCACACCAGAGGAACGAGUCCCCCCUGUGAUGGAGCCACCACAGUCACACCUACCACGCAAACACCACCCUCACAGGGAGCAUCCCUCCAAUGAGACCAAUGAAAACAGCGACACAGGUCAUGGCAAAGAAGGCCGGCAUCACAUCCAUCACAGCCGCAGUAAGGAGCACGAUGGAACACGGUGUAAGGAAGGGAAGAGUGACAGGAGCUGGAGCAGAGAGGGGGGCCGCAGACAUCACCAUCAGAGCUCAGUUGACGAGGGAGUAGGAGGUGGGGAGAGAGAACAUCGUCACCAUCACUCUCAUAGGCAUAGCAGAGAGGGCAAUGGAGUGGUCAACGCAGGGAAGAGUGAACGGUGGUCCAGGCAGAAGGAUGGCUCACGUUCGGGAACAAGGGAGGGGGAGAGGUGCUCCAGGGGCGAAAAUGGAGGUAAUGGAGGGAGGAGACGGCACAGACCACGUACCAGUAAAGCUCAGUCGACAUUGGAAGGAGAAGAGCAACGAGGGAAUGAAGAGCACGAGGAGGGCAAGUCACACAGCCACAGGCACACGGACAUGGGGGGAGAUUCAUUGGUUGUAAACCCCUAUCAACCUUCAGUUGGGAACCGAUGGUGUCUUGAGAAACCAGAAGACUCAGACAAUAAACGAAAUAUUGGGCAGACUGGAGGAAUGGGCACACACAUACCUGUGACUGUCACGUCUCCCCCUGGAGAAACGACCCUUAUUCCCAUGAACAGUAUAGACAGUGAGACAAUGCCCAUGACUGAGAAGAAUCUGGAGGAUCUGAACCAGAGCAGCCCUCGUCCAAUCCUCCCCUUCAGCUCCAUGUUCAUCUUCAGCCCAACCAAUCCAGGAACCAAGGGCAAAGACAUCAGCACUAUCAAGUCCCUGAGGGUGUUGCGAGUCUUGCGACCACUGAAGACCAUUAAACGUCUACCAAAACUGAAGAGAGCGUGCAUCGACUUUGCUAUCAAUGCCAAACCUCUGACCCGCUAUAUGCCACAGGACCAGCAGUCCUUUCAGUACCGCUUGUGGAAGUUUGUGGUCUCUCCACCGUUUGAGUACUCCAUCAUGAUCAUGAUUGCUCUCAACACUGUGGUGCUCAUGAUGAAGGACCGUCUGUUGAACUUGAGCUUCCUGAGGCUCUUCAGAGCAGCCAGACUCGUCAAACUCCUCCGGCAGGGAUACACCAUUCGCAUCCUGCUCUGGACAUUCGUCCAAUCUUUUAAGGCACUGCCUUAUGUUUGCCUUCUAAUCGCCAUGCUGUUUUUCAUCUACGCCAUCAUUGGAAUGCAGGUGUUUGGGAACAUUGAGUUGAACGAUGAUACCGCCAUCAAUCGUCACAACAACUUUCGCACUUUCCUCCAAGCGCUUAUGCUGUUAUUCAGGAGUGCCACUGGUGAAGCCUGGCAUGAGAUUAUGCUGUCCUGUCUGAGUGAGCGCACCUGUGACGCAAACUCAGGCAUUCAUGGAAAGGAGUGCGGGAGUGACUUUGCCUACUUCUACUUUGUCUCCUUCAUUUUCCUCUGUUCUUUCUUGAUGUUGAACCUGUUUGUGGCUGUCAUUAUGGACAACUUUGAAUAUCUUACACGUGACUCCUCCAUCUUGGGCCCUCACCACCUGGAUGAGUUUAUCCGAGUGUGGGCGGAGUAUGACCCAGCCGCAUGUGGCCGUAUCAAGUACCUCGAUAUGUAUGAGAUGCUGCUCCACAUGUCCCCACCUUUAGGUUUGGGAAAGAAAUGCCCUCCACGAAUCGCCUACAAGCGGCUGGUGAAAAUGAACAUGCCUAUUGCAGAUGACAACAGUGUGCACUUCACCUCCACCCUGAUGGCUCUGAUCCGCACAGCCCUGGAGAUCAAACUGGCUUCAGGCAUGGUGGCCCAACGUCUGUCAGAUGCUGAACUGAAGAAGGAGCUCGCUACAGUCUGGCCAAACCUGUCUCAGAAGACUAUGGACCUGCUGGUCACUCCGCACAAACCCAAUGAGCUUACAGUGGGGAAGGUAUAUGCGGCUCUUAUGAUUUUUGACUAUUACAAGCAAAACAGAGCCAAAAGACUUCAGAUGCAGCAACAGCAGCAGAAAGAACAGGCAGGACCUGGAUCUCAGAAUAAAGUCAGUGCUCUUUUAGAGCCUAUUCUCCCACUAACCCACAUGCAAGAUCAGGCUGUGAACAGUGUAGAUUCGGCCUCAGAGUUUCAAGCUCAGACCAGACCAAGCUCCACAACGCUCAACAACGGACGCACACAUCUUGAUAACACAAUAAAGGGAUCUUCAUCCUGGGCCUCAGAGAAGUCCAAGGAGGUCCCACGAUCUAAACGACGGCCAAUGUCCAGAGGUCAAUCAGAGGAUGCCUCAAAUGCAAAUACUGCCCAGGAGUCAGUAGAAAUGAGGAAGAUGGAGAACAGUGCCAACACAGUAACCUCUGGCAGCCUUGAAGGCCAAGGACGUGCAGUAUCCAUGCCAAAACUCAACGCAGAGAUGCAGAGGAGUCAUUCCCGUCAUUCUCCUGGGACUUUACUGGAAACCAUUCCUGAUUCCCCCAUGAGACGCUCCGCAUCCACUUUUGCACCACAGCGCCCUCAGGAGGUGAAUCUGAAUGACUACACUUUGGCGAAACCUGUUCAAGAACGACAUCACCAUCACCAUCAUCACCGAUGCCAUCAUCGUAGGGACAGAGACAAGAAACAGAGAUCUCUGGACAGGUCGCCCACUGGACAACACAAAGCUACAGGCACAGCAGCUGACCCUGUAGAGGAGAGGCCGCAUGACCGAGGUCGUUCCCAUGAGAGGAAGCAUCAUUCGUCUUCAGUGGAGAAGCAGCGGUAUUACUCAUGUGAUCGCUACAGCAGUCGGGAACACUGUCCCAGCAAGUCUGCCAUUGCAAGCUGUGCCACCUCACCCAGUGAGGCCCAGGAGGCCAGUCUCAACAAGCAGGGCAGUGGGUGGGCUAAGGGGAGCCCGGUGUUGUUGACCUCAGGGGCGAGCACUCCAAGCCGUGGGCGCAGACAGCUGCCCCAGACCCCCCUUACUCCUCGUCCCUCCGUGGCUUACAGGACUGCCAACUCCUCCCCUGUGCAAUUUCUGGGCACACAGGCCGGCUUGCUUCCCCCAAGUCCCGGCAGGCUGAGCCGCGGUCUGUCCGAGCACAACGCCCUCUUACACAGCGGCUCCAUCUCCAGCUCGCCGGCCCCCGUCAGUCGCAUUAACUCAGAACCCUUCUUGGGGCCCUACGCCAUCUUCCAAGAGGAUCCGAGCCCUCAGACGGGCCGUUUUGCCCAGACUGUAGGGAUGCCGAUCGUGGCGAUUCCCCCACCUCCCCAACAGCAGUUCCGCGGGGUUCCCAACGGAUACCACUUCAUCACGGGCCCCGGGGCCAGCAGAGGACGGGCACGGCAGUACUACCCAGAGGCAGAGAUGGACGACUGGUGCUAGCAUGGCUUUAAUUUACACACACUUACAGAUGAUGUUUUUGUUUUCGAAUCAUGAUGAGUUUUAUCAUCUCUUAUUUUGCGGGUGGUGUUAAAUGCAGUAAUACAUGUAUUUGUUUUUCAAUGUCCAAAGGAUAAAACAUACAUGUAUGCUUACAAAGCAGCAGCAGAUGUGGGAUAAAAAGGCUCAAACCCACCUGACUUUGAUGCAUUUCAGUCAGGCUAAAUGAUUUGAUGGGUGUGGUCUUUUUAAAAACACUUAAGAUUGACAGUUUAUAUGAAAACACAUGGGCUUUUUCUUAAUCUUUGCCUUUCUAAGGGCAAAAGAUGCCAAAUUGUGCUUGUGUAACCUGGGAAAAGAGUGACCAUUGCUUCAAGUGUAGACCACAACGGGCGUCUGGCCAGUUUCCCUCAAAGCCAGCCUCUGAGACGCACCCUUAAUGCAAAUAUUCCCAUAAAAAUAUUAUCUUGGCGUUAUAGAUGUACCUUUUAUGGAGCGAAAGUUUACAGAAGUGGCUGGAAAUGCAAGAAACAUUGUUUUAUUCGACCCUUCAUCUCCAUCUAAGAGAAUUACACGUUAUUUCACACUGUUGCGAAAGCAGAUUGUUCAUUAUGCUGCCGAUGACCAUUCCUCGCACAUGUCACUAUAUGUGAAACCUUUUGACAACCAUAAUGUACUUUGUUUUAUAUCAAAUUGUAGAUAUUUUAUCUAUUCAUUAUGUGCUUUUUUGUAUUGUAAAGACGAACGGUUUUACGUAAAUCGCUUACGGCUUCACCAUACUGUCAGGUCUACCGAUUCUUCUUGACUGCUCCAGAUGUUAUUUAAGUGUAGACCACAACG